AUGGAACAAUUUCUUAAUAAUGUGGAGAACGAGGUGCCCGGCGAGAAAAACGACAAUCCGAACGUCGUCUCAACGUCGUUUUCGAGCGAGGAAGACCAGGAUCUGUGGGAAUUUCUUAUCGACUACCCGCCGCAUCUGGUGGCGCUUCACGGCUGCGGCCACGUUUUCAACGACUUCAAAAAGCGAUACAGAACGCGUCGCACCACAACCGAGCUCAUUGAUAGGUCCGCAAAGUUUCAGACGAGUAAGUAAUGUCACCAAUAAAAGCAUCGCGUUCAGAUUCUUCAAUCAUUUGGUGCCCGGCAUUCAAGCGACGCAUUUCGACGUGCCGACGAAGCUGAUGCUCCACGCCAAGUAUAGAAUUUCUGUGGAUUUGAGUUAUCUGCAAAGGUAAAUCAAAAAUGUGUUCUAACCUCUUGCUGAAAAUGCUUAAUUUCCGCUGUUUUCACUCUCCAAACUCUCCAAAUGUAUUCAGAAGCGAGUUUGGCUAUAAACUGCAUUUUCAGUCGAUAUCCGCAGACCACGCCCCCUUUAUUUGUCGAUAAACCCGUUUCAGCCUUCGUGAAGUGGCGGACAUUCGGCUCGACGAGACGGGUACCUACAUCGUGGCGUUCCGCAUGAAAAGGGACGUCCCGCCCACACACCCGCUGUCCAAUUAUCUGACGCUCGGACGCUACACGAACGACGAGGACAUGGCCAUCUGGAAGCACCUGAUCGCCGCGCCGCCGGGCCUUCGUUGGGGUGAAAUAUGGAAGGGAUUCCGCGAGGCGACAGGCUCGCCGCGCACCGUCAACGGACUCUCGCAUCGCUUCUCAAAGUUUCUCGCGCCGUCGCUUCACCGCACCGAUUUCGAUAUCGAGACGAAGCUCGAGUUGUACACAAAGUAUCACAUCAAGGUGAACAAGUCGUUUCUCGAGAAGGAGUGCAUUCAGAACAACAAGUAUGUGCGUGUCUGGCUCGACAAGUUCGGGUGCAUCACCAAGUACGUGUUGAACGACGUGGAUCCGGCGAACGGCGGCGCGUGGACUUCCGACGAGCUCCGCGAGCAGAGAAUCGCGGAAAUUGUGGAUUAUGUGGCGAGCUCGCACAACUGGAACGGGGAACAGCAGCAGCCACGGGCACGCAGCGGGGUAUGUCGAAAAUCAAAACAUGUGAAUUAGCGCCAAUUUGUUUCGGGAUUUUUUUAAUAGAGCUCGUUUGCAGCAAUGUAUCCUUCUGCGUCCAUGUGAGCAGCCGGAGCAGGAUCCGUCGGCGAAGAAGCCAAAACUCGAGGAGCAACAGGAAGAGAUCGAUGUGGUUGCGGUGGACGAGAAAGUUCCGGAGAAGAAGGAGGUGGUGACAGCCGGCUCGCAAAAGUCUGCGGGACCGCCGAAUCAUCCGAAUCUCGUCUUCCCGUUCGUCGAAUCACUGAAAGAGGUGAUGACGGAAGUGGUGAAGAGUGCGAAUCGUCAGCUCAUCGAGGAAAUGACGAUGAAAAAGAAGAGCACCGUCCAAGAAAGCGCCAAAAAUCUGCUGAAGAGCAUGAAAGCGUUCGCCGCCGCCACAAAAGCCACGGAAACCGAACGAAAAGUACAGAAGACCAUUCAGAAUUUUGAGGAAAACGUGUGUACGCCCCCCGUAAUUCCAUAAAAGUAGUUUUUCCAGAAAAUCGAAAUCGACACGCUCGUCUCGGCGCUCAACAUCUCGCUCACCAUUCUCGGCUGUUAUUAA